CCUUGCACAGCUACCACCUGCAGAAUCUGAUAGGUUCCACUGCGGCAAGAGUCUCCCGUGCCAUUAAUCGGAGUCAUCAUUAGAGACCUCAAUCCUUCUCUCUGUGAGAUGCUGAAGGACCGAAUCAACAUCUUCCCGCCUGAAACCGACGGUUGAUUUUGAAUUUAUACAACAUCGCACAAUCGUCAGAAUGAUCCUCUCUUCCUUCUGCAACGCCCCACUUUUUGAACGGUUAUGCUUUCGACGACGUCAGGAACAACCUAUGGCGUUGUUCUAAUAGGCUCGCUCUGCGCAUCUUUGUUCUCCGGGAUGCUGUCUAUACAGUGUUUUAUUUACAGUCGAAUGUAUACGAGGGACUCGGUGGGAAUGAAGAUCUAUAUCGCUCUCAUAUGGCACGCAACUCCCUCUUUGUUUUCUCAUCCCGCCGUUGAUCAAAUCUCGCUCAAAACAGGCUCUUCGACAUACUUCAUAAUAUCGCGGUGUGGACGAGCAUGUGGACGUGGUUUGUGGCUGACUUUGGGACACCAGAACGACUUGAUGAAAUACCGAUAGGAAUUUCCCUUUCUGUUGGCGCAACGGGCAUCCUUACGUUUCUCGUCCAUGGUUUUUAUGCGUAUCGGAUUUACAAUCUCAGCAGUCCGAAAUAUCGACUGGUUGUCACCAUUCCUAUAAUAAUGUUGGCCUUACUUCGAAUCGGUUUUUCUUUUGCGACUGUGCAUCUUAUGCUGAAGGUCCCUAGCCUCGUUAACUUUAAGGCUCAAUAUCGAUGGAUUUUCUCUCUUGGACUGGUGUUUUCAUCUGUGGACGAUAUUCUUAUUACCAUCGCGAUGAUGGUACUUCUUCAAGGCUCUCGCUCAUUGUCUUUGAGUCUCGAUGCGGUGAUCAGCUCAUUAAUUUUGUAUACAUUGGAAAAUGGUGCACUCACUAGCGCUGCAACUGUCACCACGAUGAUAUGUUGGCUAGUCAUGGAUAAUCUCAUCUUUCUGGCGUUUCACAUUAUCAUUGCGAAGCUGUACGCAAAUUCUGUCCUUGCGCUGCUCAAUUGCCGCCAAGCUCUACGCCGACAAACAACUCUCGAACACAGCAAUCCGAAAAGUCCAUUGGUCCUGAACCAAAUGAAAUCGAAUAUUAGUAAGAGUCAGACAAGGGCGUCGAUGAAGGUGAAUGUGGAGAGAAGUGUUGAGUUUCGUGUAGAACCCUAGAGCCUUUUCUUUUCCCCCUCCUCCGACGGUGAAAGGCCGGAAUUGGGCACUACUGAAGCUAGAUAAGCGUUGACAGAAUGUGACUUGUCAGCCCAACAAUACCAUCAUCUGCGUCAGCAAGAGAAACCGCC